AUGGACACUAGGCACGUGCAGCCCAUCAAGCUGGCUAAGGUAACCAAAGUGCUGGGCAGGACUGGUUCGCAGGGACAGUGCACACAGGUACGUGUGGAAUUUAUGGAUGAUAUCAGCCACUCUAUCAUCCGAAAUGUCAAAGGUACUCUUGGAGAGGGAGAUGCGCUCACCCCAUUGGAGUGA